CAACAAAUACAUAACAUAAUAGCAAUAAGCGCAUUUCUCAACCAACAUAAAGAGUCCUUAGUCAAUUUAGAUACAAUUUUUGUUAGUUACGCCCAUUACCAAUCGUACGUAUGACAAAUACACAAUGUCAACGCUGUAUCAUGUUGCUGACUCGGAUUUGUCUCUUAGCAGCACUUACCCCAAUGUGGAAACGGCAGCUGCCGAAACUGAUGCUGCUUUAACAACAUUUGAUUCUGACUUGGAUGCCAGUACAUUUGAUAUUGAUUUCACAUCAACUGCACUGACAACCACAACGGCAACUAUAUCAGGUAUAUCAGCAAGGAACGCUAGUUUUUUGUUGCCCGAAUUGUCGAAUUGGACAAAUACAAUAGCAACAACAACAGCAACUGCCAUUUCGAGUGCAAUACCAACAACGGCUGUGGCAGCAACAACAGCAGCGAAGUCAGCAAUAAAUACAUUUAAAGAUACUCUAAUACAAGCACAAACAGCACUAACAACGACAAUUCCAUCAGCAACUCCAGGAACAGCAACAACAAGUAUAGCAGCAGCAAUUAACAGUUCGAAUGUUCAUCCAACCUUAUAUCCAUUUAAUGGCACAAACACAAACGAUGGCACAGAUAUCCUUGAGGAUAAUUGGUUCAACUUGUUGCUUCUCAUAUUGAAAGGAUUUAUAUUUUCGUCCAUCAUCCUAGCAGCAGUACUUGGAAAUGCUUUGGUUAUUAUAUCAGUGCAACGUAACCGAAAGUUACGCGUCAUAACAAAUUAUUUUGUUGUCUCCUUGGCAAUGGCUGAUAUGUUGGUUGCACUUUGCGCGAUGACAUUCAAUGCAUCCGUGGAGCUCUCAGGUGGCAAAUGGAUGUUUGGACCAUUCAUGUGUAAUGUAUACAACAGUCUGGAUGUGUACUUCUCAACAGCGAGCAUAUUGCAUCUGUGCUGCAUAUCAGUGGAUAGAUACUACGCCAUUGUACGCCCACUCGAGUAUCCCUUGAACAUGACACAUAAAACAGUUUGUUUUAUGUUGGCAAAUGUUUGGAUAUUACCGGCGCUGAUUUCGUUUACUCCCAUUUUUCUUGGUUGGUAUACCACAGCCGAACACUUAAAGCAGGUGUCGCUGAAUCCGGAUCAAUGCUCUUUUGUAGUCAACAAGGCCUACGCGUUAAUCUCGAGUUCGGUUAGCUUUUGGAUACCAGGCAUUGUUAUGUUGGUGAUGUAUUGGCGCAUUUAUAAAGAAGCGGUACGUCAACGUAAGGCCUUAAGCCGCACAAGUUCAAAUAUUUUGUUGAAUAGCGUGCACAUGGGACACACGCAACAUGCUACAAAUCUGAAUUACUUACAUCCCAGUGACUGUGAUUUGAAUCUGACCAAGGAGGAAACACACAGUGCUAUCAGCAAUUUAGAGGAUAUACUGCCGCAAACUGAUGAUGACGAAAGAGAUGAAUGUGAUGAGUUACGUGUUCCUUCACCACCUCCACGACGUCUGAGUCGAAGUAGCAUUGAUUUACGCGAUCUAGAGCAAGAGCGCUAUGAGAAAGUAACACACACAGACAGUGCUCCAUCCAUGAUUGCACUACACUAUGCAGCCCAACAGCAACUGCAAGGCGGACAAGAAUCAACUUUCAGUCCUCAAUUAAAAGCAGAUGCACUCUAUGAUAUAUCUCAGCCAUUUCCCUCCAAACCACUAAACACAUCUUCAUCACCCAUACAUUCCAACAGCAAUUCACCCACAGCACAAACAAAACAACAGCACAAAAGAAGCAAACAGCAAAAAGGUUGUGAAUCUGAGCAAUAUCAAAUUUUCGGCUUGAAUAGCGAUGAUAGUGAGUCGAAUGAUUACUAUGACAGCAUACUGAAUUUAAAGAUAAAACAACAGCACCAACAGGCCCCAAUGACAUUUCUGCCAAUCGCAGAGGAUAAUAAAGAACUUAAGCGUUUAAUUGAAGAUAACUAUUUGUACUACAAGAAGCAAACAACGGCAGGCGAUGCUAAAACUACUGCAGAAAUAAUGCAAUGUGACAGCAAGUUUCCCGCUUUGAGUGAAACUGAUUUCAUCAAAAUGAAAAACGGCGAAAAUCGUAACCGAAGUGGUGACUCACAGAAGAAACCGUUUGCGCUGAGCGACUCCGAGUUUCUCAAAGCUUUGAAUGAGACAAAAUCGAAAAGGAAGUUAUUGGAAUCACUGAAGGAAGGCAGCGUCAAAGAACAGAAAGGUUUCAAUAUUAUGUCAUUAUUAACGAAAACUAAACGUUCCAGCACUGAAUGUUUCUCCAUUGAGAAGAAACGUCAUCAAGCAACUUCAGAAGAAAUACGCAGCAGUCGUACAAAUUUAUUUAGACGCUCGCGCAAUCGAAAGCUAUCACAUAGCUAUAAUGGUGCUAUUGGAAAUAGAGAACGCAAAGCAGAUGCACGUUCUAGGCAACAUAGUGAUACAGAUACAGAUAACUUUAACGUUAUACUGCCAAGCAUGCAUACAGAAAGUCAAGAUAAUCCAGGUCGUUUCAACACACCUGACAUACUAUUAGACAUUAAUGUACUUAACGAACAAACCAAUACCAACACACAAGAUAUUGUGCUAAUACAAACAAACGAGUUUGAAGCACUAACAUCACCCAAACAUCACAAUAUCACAUCCAUACAACUUAUAGAUUUGGGCAGUAAUAGCAUACAGGAAGUUGGGAGUGAUGAUUUUGCGCUAUUGGCUGAAUGUUUUACAGAAUCUCCACAUAUACCGGCGACACCGCCUCCAUCACUUUCACCGCCUUCGCUCAAUGAACCCGUCAUAUUAGAGCAGCACAAUCAAAUUCAACAGGAACAACGAAUUGUUGAACUACCAGACAAAAACAAUUUAAUAAUCACAUCCAGCACUGAUUUAGUAGAACUCUUUCGCUCACUUAGUUUUCCUGUGGCUGAAAGACAACCUACUGAUCUAGCACCACGUAGAAAAUUGCAUUCAUCUACAACCUCCAGCGAAUCUAAACACAAAUCAACACAACAUAUCAAACAACGUUUAAGCACACUCAGUGAUCAGGUGCUCGUGGCAAAGAGCAAUACGCACUUCUUCAUGUCCCCACCAGCAACACCAAAUUUCAAUUCUGCUCAACAUUUACCAGCACUCAAACCAUUAAACUACCAAAACACACAAAAUAAUCCAGUCAAUGUGUACUUUCUCUCGCCACCACCCACUGCAGCAGCACAGCAGUUCACCAUUCUUUCGCCUAGCAGUAAUCAAUUCAUAAGUGAUACUUCCACUGUUUCAUUAGAUAUGGUCACUUCACUACCAAUUCCACAACAACAAGUUAUGCAGCCGACACUUAUAGUACCUACAGCCAGCACCAUUCAAAACAUGCCACCCAAACCGGAAAUCAUACUCGACUCAACGCUUUCGCCAACUUCCAUACACAGCGGCAAUAAUGGGGUGGAUGGCUCUUUGGUAGGAGAGGACAAAGACUUAACAUCGCCAAUAUUCCGACGUCAGAACAGCGAACCGGAAAACUCACUCACAACUACCUCAGCUGGAAAGCAUCGUAGUAGUUUACUGACAGGCUAUGAAGGCAUACAAACCGUACGUAAACGCCAAGCCUCAGUGGUUACAUACGACGUAAAUGUCAUAAAUUUCUCACAAGACAACAGCGAUUGUCGCAGCUACAUUCCUUUAGGACGUGUUUCGACCAGUUCAGCAAAACCAGAUAUAUCUAAUAAAUCAUCCCUAACAAGACGUGGUGGCAUCUGUAUUUUUGUUGAUGAAGAUGAAAUUGAUAUGAUAGAGCAGAACAAUGGCGAUAGCCAAUUGAAAAGUAUUACGUUUAAAAAUCCAUACAACAACAGCACAAAAUCUCGCACAAAUAUUGGCAAAUGUCGUUUAUGUGGUGCCGAUUUAAAAUCGAAUAUAUCCGCACAAAACGAUAAUCCAGUCACUAAUCAAAAUCAAACAACAGCAAAGCACAAACGUUUUUGGCAAAAAAAAAUCUGGCAACGUGCUAAACGGAAACAAUGCCUUACCAGAUGUAAAUGUGGCGCUACCGGUGGUUCUGUUAGGCCCACAAAAGGAUGGAAGGCUGAACAUAAGGCUGCACGCACUUUAGGGAUUAUAAUGGGUGUUUUUCUACUUUGCUGGUUGCCAUUCUUUUUGUGGUAUGUUAUAACUUCACUAUGUGGUGCUGCCUGCCCUUGUCCAGAUGUUGUUGUGGUGGUACUAUUCUGGAUCGGUUACUUCAAUUCAACUCUGAAUCCAUUGAUUUAUGCGUAUUUUAAUCGGGAUUUCCGAGAAGCUUUUCGCAAUACACUGGAAUGUGUUUUACCUUGCCUACAAAAGCGCAAUCCUUACAAUGCUUAUUAUGUGUAGCAGUUCAAAUAAAUGUAAAUAAGACGGAAUAAACCUAUUCAAAAUAAUGCGCUUUCCCCACUUAAGAUUAUACAUAGAUUAUAGAAAUUGAUUGCAAUAAAAAAGUUAUAAGUUUUUAAUUGCAUUGAAUUUAUAUUUAAAAAAGGACGAGACGUAUAAUUUAAAGGAUAUUAAGAAUGCACGUUAUGCCGAACAGAUAACCAUCGUUUUUUUACUCCUUGGUAAUUUGGUGUACGUUUAGAAGUGCUUAAGUUAACUACGAUGUCGUCAUUAUAUUAUUUAAUUAAGAUUUGGUAAUUUGGUAAGAAGGUUUUAUGAUUUUAUUAGUAUAAAGAAAUUAGGUUUAA